GACUGAAGUGCGGUGUGGACAAACUCUCGGUUCACUUCGCAAGAUGCGGGAGCAGGAGGCCGCUCCGUUUUUGCGGCAAGAGGCGGGGCCCGGUCACCGCGGCGAUGCGAUGCGGCAGCCGGAAGUGUGGCGGCCGCAGCUUUGUGCCUGGUAGCUGCAUGAAAACACCGCCAACAUGUCCUCGGAGGAGUUCGAGAAGAUGCAUGAGGCGUACACAGGGGUUUAUGAGGAGUUGAGGAGCCAGUACGAGCAAGUGACCGGGUGCUCAGGAGAACUGAAGAAAAGAUUUCUAAGGGAGAUAGAUGGAAAAGCUGAAGAAGCAAAUGAAAUAUUGGAUGGAAUGGAGAAGGAAAUAAGGAAUGCACCAUUAUCAUAUCGUAACCAGAUGAAUAUCAAAAUCCGAUCAUACAGAAAAGAUGUCAGCAAGUUACAGCGGGAUGCAAGAAAUAGUGAUUCUGGAUAUGGAGCACGUAGUGACUUCAAGUAUGCUGUGUACAGGGCUGAAAAUGAACAAAGUAAUCACUUAGCCUCUCAACGUGCUUUGCUAUUGCAAGGUACAGACAGUCUCAACAGAGCCAGCCAGAGCCUAGAUCGUUCACAUCGAAUAGCAGCAGAGACUGAUCAGAUAGGUUCAGAAAUAAUUGAAGAACUUGGAGAGCAAAGAGACCAGCUGGAACGUUCAAAAGACAGGCUAAUUAACACAGGUGAGAAUUUAAGCCGAAGUCGGAAAAUACUUCGCGCCAUGUCCAGAAGAAUUAUGACAAACAAACUGCUACUGGGUAUUAUUAUUCUUCUGGAAGUGGGAAUUCUUGGAACCGUUGUAUACCUCAAGUUCUUUCGCAAGCACUGACUCAAGUUAUGCAUGCAUAGAUAGGCUGCAAUGCUUGAGAUUCACAGUUGAAGAUGAUUUAUCUACAUGGGAGUACAUAAACCGAUGAACAAUUUUCACGUAUUUAAUCUGCUUAGAGGACUUCACUGCAAGACACCCCAUUCCAGGAGAUGUUUUUACAAAGGUGAAGCAGUUUAAAAUUGCAUUCAAUCAGUUCUUUAAAUGCUACUGCCAAUGACUACAUUGUAGCGAUGUGCAUAAAUUUUUAAUAAAGUCAUUUGAUACGCAACAUG